AUGAUCCAACCCGAUUCCGACAAAUCGCCAUCGAAAACCCCUGGCGUCAGCUUCAAUCUAGGCCAGGAGGAGGCGGCAGCAGCCCUCGACGACUUCGAUACCCAAAGUCAUGCAAGUUCCCGUGAGCCCGGUAGCACACAAACAGUCGACCCCGCGCCAGGCCCGGACAACGGCGCGCUAGACCAACAAGACGACGCUAGCAACGGCCCGUCCAAUUUUGAACAUCUGCACGAGGACGAUAAACCGGCUUGGAGCGAGAUGAAGACCAAGGCCGGGAAGGAGCGGAAGCGCCUACCACUGGCCUGCAUCGCAUGCCGCCGCAAGAAAAUCCGCUGCUCAGGCGAGAAGCCUGCUUGCAAACAUUGUACGCGCUCGAGGAUUCCGUGCGUGUAUAAAGUUACUACCCGGAAAGCAGCGCCACGCACGGAUUAUAUGGCUAUGCUGGACAAGCGACUGAAGAGGAUGGAAGAUCGUGUGAUCAAGACAAUACCUAAGGAGGAGACGAGGGAUAUGAUCUCUAUUGGAAGAUCGGUUGUCAAACCUUCCACCUCGGCCCAGCCGUCGAAAUCACAGAAAAAACGAAGCGCAGAGGAGGCAUUUGCGGCAGAAAUGGAUGAAUGGACUCGUGGGGACGACCGCCCACCACAUGAGAUGUUCCCAAUGAAUCGUGAAAUCAAACCCGCCGACGGUACUGGGCUUCUCACCGAGGGAGCCGAAUUUUUACCAUCUCUAGAGAUUCAAGAGCAUCUUGCGGAGGUGUUCUUUGAUUGUGUUUAUGGGCAGUCGUACCUUUUAUUACACAAACCCAGCUUUAUGCGACGGCUUAAAGCAGGCACAAUCCCCCCUGUCCUAAUCCUUGCUGUCUGUGCCGUAUCUGCGCGAUUCUCCACACAUCCUCAGCUCAACUCAGAUCCGCCAUUCUUACGUGGAGAAAACUGGGCUAACCCCGCUGCAGCCAUCGCUCUGAGCCGGCACGACGAGCCAAACAUUACCAUUCUUACAGUUUUCUUACUUCUUGGUCUUCACGAGUUUGGAACCUGCCAUGGCGGACGAAGUUGGUCUUUUGGAGGUCAGGCAUUACGGAUGGCAUACGCGUUGCAGCUCCAUCAGGAGCUUGAUCAGGAUCCAUUACUUAGUCAGAAGAAUGGCACCAGCUCACAGUUGAGUUGCACUGAUCAAGAAAUCCGGCGCCGGACAAUGUGGGCAUGUUUCUUGAUGGAUCGGUAUAACUCUUCUGGAAGUCAACGGCCGCCUAUUGGAAAUGAAAAAUUCCUACAAAUACAGCUUCCUAUCAAGGAAACUCACUUCCAGAUGGAAAUACCUGGUCCAACGGAAGACCUUGACGGCGAUAUCCUUAAUCCCGUACCUGAAGAUGCAGGCCAAUUAUUCAAUGCUAAAGAAAAUAUGGGUGUUUCGGCGUACAUUAUUCGUGCUAUCAUCAUUUGGGGGCGCAUUGUCGACUACCUUAACCUGGGUGGGAAAAGAAAGGAUGCACAUCCACUUUGGCAUCCAGAGUCAGGGUACAUGCAGCUUAAGCGGCAAAUUGAGGAGUUCUCUGCGUCUCUCCCGGUUCCUUUGACCUUCAGCUACGAGAAUCUUCAAAUCCAUGCAGCGGAGAAGAUUGCCAAUCAGUUCGUUUUCCUCCACAUCAUCAUACAUCAAAAUAUGCUGUUUCUCAACCAGUUUGCUAUUCCCUUGUCUCCUGGGGGGCGUCCACCGAGAGAUAUGCCAAAGUCAUUCCUCAGUAAUGCAGGUCGAGCCGCGGUUGAAGCAGCGCAUCACAUUUCAGUGCUUUUUGAUCGAGCUUCAGCUUACCCCCUCACUGUUCCUUUUGCUGGUUACUGCGCUUAUUCGGCAAGUACAGUCCACAUCUGGGGGAUAUUCUCGAAGAACGUUCAGUUAGAAGCACGCUCAAAAGAGAACCUCCGGCAUACAUACCGCUAUCUCAAUAAAAUGAAAAAGUAUUGGGGCAUGUUCCACUAUAUGGUUGAGAGUGCCAAGGAUCGUUAUCGGCAGUUCGCUGAUGCAGCUAUCAAGGGCUCUGUGGCAACUAAUGGCGCAUCGCUAGCACCCAUGUUCCAAUAUGGUGACUGGUUCGACAAGUAUCCCCAUGGAGUGUCAAGAGUGCAUUGGGAGGGCCCUGAUACUCGACACAAAGAAACGGGCGAAGACGCAGUUAUGGGCCAGAAACCCGACCUUCAGAGUGUGGAAGAUUUCUUUGCUGGCCUUUCCCCUACUCCACAGCCAGGUCAACCUCGCAAAUCACGAUCUCGCAAGAACAGCAAACUAUCAAAUGGAGCUCCAGGGAUGGACCAGACUUCACCGCAAUCAAUGAUGGAAUCGACCAUGGGAAACACCCCAGGUCUUCCAGAAAGUGCAUUCCCACAGCCAUCCAUGUUCCAACAAUCCCGGCCAAUGUCAUUCGGCCAACCGCCAUUCGACUUCAGUAUUCCACCAGAUCAAUUACCCCAACUAGACCGACAAUUCGUCUACGGUUCAUUUUCCGACUUCGACCCGACCUCGUUCGUCCCAAACAAUCAUGCUAUCCCACCGUUCAAUGGCGUCGAAACGCAAGAUCCAGAUCAAGCACUGUUCACCGGCCAUAUGGACCCAAGCGCCCCUGCUGGAAUGGGCGAGUUCUACCAGCCUAGUGCGUGGUUCUUACCCUUCAAUCUUGACCCUAUUGGCGGCGGAAACCCACCAUCACAAGCCCCACCCCCGGCUCCCAUGCCUGGGGGAAACAAUGGCGGCGGCACACCAUCUGGGAUCCCUUCUGUAGAUAUGUCGGGCUUCGGGGGUACUGGAGGCAUGCCAUUAAGCACAUAUGAUCUUGGUUUAACUAAUUCGAAUAUGAAAACCUCACGGCCGUGA